UUCAAAGGGCGGGGCCGCGUGACAUCACCAAGCGGGGGGCGGGGCCCCCCCCCCUGGACACGUGGUCGCUUCAGACAUGGCGGCGCCCAGCGGCGGCGGUGGUACACGUGGAUUACUGGUGCCGGCCGCUGGUUCUGGCACCGCGUCUGCACGGGGCGUGUCGCUCUCGUUCACGCUGCCCGUGUCGUGUCACGUCUGCCUCAACAGGGUUCAGGAGCCCAUGUGCUGCCCGAACCUGCACGUGUUCUGCACCGCGUGCAUCGAGCUGUGGCUGCGCACGAGCCCCCACUGCCCCGUGUGCCGCUGCCCGGUGACCGCCGAGAGGCCCUGCGCUCGCCUCAUCGGUGGGGGCGACAUCCCGCACCCUCCUGGGAGCCCCACACAGCGGAGGCGGUUGAGGUCGGCGCGGCUGGAGGCGCUGCGGAAAGAGUACGAGGAGGAGGCGGAGACGCUGGCGGUGGAGGUGGAGCGGCUGCAGGGAGAGAACAACGCUCUCUGGGCCCAGCUGCAGUCGAAUCCGGGCGAGCCCGCGGGGUCGGAGGUCGACGGCCGGCCCGCGGGGUCGGAGGUCGACCCGGCGGUACUGCUCGCGCUCUCGGGGAAGCUGAAGGUGGCGCGCGAUGAGCUCCGAGCGACGAGAAACGAGAUGAGCAGGGAGCGCGAGGUGCACGCGCGGCUGCGGGAGGAGAACGUCGACCUCCAGCGCGAGAACCAGAGCCUGCGCAUGGAGAUCGACAGCCGCUCCCCGCACAGGUUCGGCCGCGCCACCGUCGCCGCGCUGCAGGCCAAGCUGGAGCAGCAGCGGCGCGAACUCGGCCGCCUGGGCAAGGCCCUGGAGCGCAGCGACCGCUACACCGACGAGCUGGAGGCCCGGCUCGCGGGGGCCGCGGGGGCCGCGGGGGAUCCCCGGGAGGGCCGCGAGGGAACCGCCGCCGCCGCCGCCGCCGUCGCCGGCCCCCCGCGGCGGGGGGCGCCCGGCGGCGACGCCGUGCGUAGGCUCGCGUUCGACGUCGCCGCCACCGCCGCUGCCUCGCCGCCACCACCGAUGGGGAGCGGCGCGCUGCAGGGGGGGAGCGAAGGUGGCGGGGGUGUGGGGGGGCCGAUCCCGUCCGGGGGGGUACCCCCCCCCCCGCCUGAGCCGAGUCACGGUCCCCUCCAGGGCGACGGAGAAGAAGGGGGUGGCGAGGGCGCGCCGGGAUCCUCGCUGCCGCGGAAGCGAACGAGGGCCGAGGACUGA